AUGCAAUUCAAGUAUAGACCAAGUGAACAGAGGGGAGGAGCAGAUCAUGGGUGGUUAAAGACCUUCCAUACCUUCUCUUUCGCAUCCUACUAUGAUCCGAAGUACGAGAGCUUUGGUGCGUUGAGAGUCAUCAACGAAGAUCGAGUGGCGCCCGGUACUGGUUUCCCUACGCAUCCUCAUCGAGAAGCCGAGAUCUUUUCAUACAUCAUCAGCGGCCAGCUAUCCCACAAAGAUACAAUGGGCAACGUCGAAACGAUGGUCCGAGGUGAUAUCCAAAUGACAUCUGGUGGAACAGGUAUCGCCCAUUCCGAAUACAACGACCAUCCCUCAGAGGGAGUCCACUUCUUACAGAUCUGGGCAUUACCCAAUCGAAGAGGAUUGAAACCGAAAUAUUUCACUAGACAUUUCACGGAUGAGCAGAAGAAAGAUAAGAUUGCUCAUCUGGUAGCUCCGGUGGGGUACGAGGGGGUAGAAGAAGUUAGAGAAUGCAGUGGGUUGACUCCGAUCCACUCGCCUGUCCAUUUCUUCUCAUCCCUUAUUUCCCCCACCAUCUCGCUCACCCACAAACUCCUGCCUUCCCUCAAUGGCAAACCCAACAAGCUGUUCUAUGUUCAACUAGUCCAGUCCUCGGGGUAUAAUACCGAAUCAGCACCGAAGGACGGGAAAGGACCGUUGAUCAAGGUCACAGGCGGUGGACAGGAAGCGACGUUGGGUGAAGGCGACGGUGUCUUCAUCACUGGCGGGAAAGUAGGAGAGGACAUAUCGGUCGAGAAUGUCGGGAAAGGUAUAGGCGAGGUAGUACUAUUUGAGAUGGACGAGGAGUAA